AUGAAUCGUCAAGCCCGAAGCCGCAACACCGCCAUCACGGCAGCGGCAAGCAUCGCGUCGACAGUCGGUCUGCUCGGGACACUGUACUACCUCGACAUACCGGCUUUCCUACGGCAACGAGUCAAAUCGAAACAGCUUGAGCCAAGAUGUUACAACGCCACCACCAAGCCGUCUCUUACAGAGCUCACAGCCAUCACGCAGCAACUGACAUCGAAGACCACCUACCCACUGGCGGAGAGGGUCGAAAGGAACAUGCCAAUAUACGACUGCCACAACUUGAAUCUAGACGACGCAGAUCUAAUCGAUCGCCUGCAAGACGAGCUCUACCACAACCUCACCUCCGGACCAGGCGUCUACAUACUAAAACACUUCUUCUCCGACUCCACCACCAUCGACUCAGCCAACGCAGCCUUCUGCGCUAUUAUCGACGACGAGCUCGAAAAGACAGGCGCCAAAGGCGACCACUUCGCUCCAGCAUCAGCGAACAGCCGGAUCUGGAACUCCUUCAGCAAGCACGCACUCCAGGACCCAGAGUCGUUCACCGCGUACUUCAGCAACCCGUGGUUCAAAGUAGUCUGCGACAGCUACCUGGGCCCAGCGUACCGCAUCACGACGCAAGUGAACAUCGUACGGCCGGGCGGGAAAGCGCAGAUGCCACAUCGGGACUACCAUCUCGGGUUCCAGACAGAUGAGGAUGUCGUUGCGUGGCCGAAGGCGGUGCAUGCCAUGACUUCUCUUCUAACUCUGCAAGGCGCGGUGGCUCACACAGACAUGCCGGAGGACUCUGGACCAACGAGACUGUUGCCGUAUUCGCAGCUUUUUCCUGAAGGAUUCAGAGCAUAUCGCUCAAAAGAGUUCAUCGACCAUUUCGAGCAGGACUACGUAGCUAUGCCAAUGGAGAAAGGCGAUGCUGUGUUCUUCAAUCCUGCACUCUUCCAUGCUGCAGGCGAGAAUUGCACGGCAGACUUCGAUCGCAGUGCCAACCUCAUCCAAGUCUCCAGCGCGUUUGGCAAGACUAUGGAGAGCAUAGACACUUUGCCGUUGAUCGAGAAGACGUACGAGACGCUGAAGUCGAAGCACGGAGCGGAGGGCAUGACCAAGGAGGUCGAUGCCUUUAUUCGUGCUGUGGCGGAAGGAUACCCAUUCCCCACCAAUUUGGACUGCCGGCCACCAGGUCCGUCGGGCAUGUCGCCAGCGAGCGAGCAGGAUAUUCUGAGGGAGGCGAUUGUUAAUGGGUGGUCGAAGGACAAAGCGAUGGAGGAGCUUACAGAGAUGAGGCAGGCGAGCAGUGCAAACGGAAAGAUCCUGAGGCAGACGGCCGUGUUUGGUACGUAG